AUGCCUUCGAAUGGAAAUUGGAACGGGCUUCCAAUCGAGGUUGUUGAGCGAUUGGAGGGUCUAAACUCCAUAAGACAAGCACUAGAGAAGAAAGAUGAAUAUGAGCAGCUUCCAAAUGUGAUUGCUAUCAUGGAAGCGUAUACUUCGAGAAAAAUUCGACUCUGUGGACUUGUCACGUAUUGGUCCAAAGGAGUUCAGCUCUGUCAACCGCGACCGUUUAGUUGGGAUGAGUGUGUGGCGCUCAAUAUGCAUCACCAGGGUAGCAAAGGAUUUUGGGUUGAAGGGUAUGACAUUGCCGUGAGGAUGCCGAAUAAUGACUGGUGGGCCACGUUGACCUUCCUAUUCGACACUGGAUCGGAUGUAAUUGAGAUAUUCCCCAAUGAUCUGCCUCUUAUCCUCGGCCUCAAUCGUCCAGACGUCAUGAGUUUUGGAACUUCGGUUGUAGAUCAGCACGGUGGUCAAGUGCACUGCCCUUCGAUCCAGGUUGAAGUGUGUCUGCUCGACAACAACGGAAAGCGAAUGACCCCAUGGACCGUAAUAGAGUGUGACAUAUAUCCCUCGGAUGAACGAGCUAAGGGUCUGCCAAACUUUAGGAUAGAUGGUCCAGUUUUCCGGAAUCUCCUCUAUUGUUGCUAUGUCCCGGAUGGAAAACACUCGCUUAUCGCUGCGACGGAGGAGCUUGGAAUGCAUUUACCCAAAAGCGUUCCCCAAAGCAGGAGAAGGCUGAAUGUGAGAGAAUUCAUGCCUUAUGUGGCCCCUGAGAAUAGAAGACCAGUUAGCGGUAUCCCUCCUGUCGCUGCGGGAGAAGAGCUCAGACACCCAGGGUGGCCUUCAAGAGCGCGUGGUGUCCCUGAAAAUGCUCCACCCCGGCCACCCCCUCCAGCUGGCGGCACUUAA